AUGCUCUGGUUUCUUCUACUUUUGCCCGUCUUCGCCGCGGCGCUACCCACCAUCGAGGUCAGAGGCAAUGCCUUCUUCAUCAGUGGUACAAAUACCCGUUUCUACAUGAAAGGUCUUGAUUACCAGCCCGGAGGAUCGUCGAAAUUGUUCGAUCCGCUCAGCAGCCCGGACACCUGCAAAAGAGACAUUGCGUACUUUAAGCAGUUGGGCGUGAACACCGUUAGAAUCUACUCCAUCGACAAUACCGGAGACCACGACGAGUGCAUGCAGAUGUUGGACGAUGCUGGAAUCUAUCUUAUUUUGGACACCAACAUUCCCCGUGCAUCCAUUGCGCGCGAUAGCGGUGCCAACUGUUCCUACAACACCAUGUACUUGAACGAGGUGUUUGCCUCGGUCAAGUUGAUGUCGAAGUAUAACAACACCUUGGGCUUUUUCGCCGCCAACGAGGUCAUCAACGACGAGACGACCACUCCGGCAGCUACCGUGGUGAAGGCUGUGGUCCGUGACAUCAAGAACUUCCAGAAAAAUACCGGCUUGAGAAGAAUCCCUGUGGGUUACUCGGCCGCCGAUGUGGAGCAGAACCGUUUGGAUACCGCCCACUACUUCAACUGUGGCGACGAUGAAAUGGCCCGUGUGGACAUGUUUGGCUUCAAUGACUACUCGUGGUGUGGCCAGUCUUCUUUCCAGUUGUCGGGCUACAGCCAGAAAGUGCAGGCGUAUGGAAACUACUCCGUCCCAUUGUUCUUGUCUGAGUUUGGCUGCAACAAGGUGAGACCUAGACCAUUCACCGAGGUUGGCGCCAUCUUCUCGUCCCAAAUGAGCAGUGUGUUCUCGGGUGGUCUCGUCUAUGAAUACUCCCAAGAGGACAACAACUACGGCUUGGUCCAGAUCUCCUCCGACAACCAGACCGUCACCACCAACUCCGACUUUGACAACUUGAAAAAGCAAUACGCUCUGGUUUCUAGUAUCCCUAACAAUGGUGGCUACCAGACCGGCUUGCCUCACUCCAACUGUCCUCCUCAGUCUGAAACUUGGCAGGCCUCGAAUGACCUUCCUUCCACUCCUUUGGGUGCACUUAAAUACAUUAGAGGUGAUGUUGAGCCCGAGGGACAUGGCUUCGAUGCUAACACCCAAUGGGCUUGUGUCGCCGACGGAAACAACUCCGACAACAGCAGUUCCGGUUCUGCAAGCACCAGAACCAGCAGUAGAUCUUCCUCUUCAGGCACUUCCUCCGGAACUAGCCAAGGCAGCUCCAGUUCGACCUCUACCCGUAAGAAUGACGGUCCAACUUUGGAGGUUGCCUCUGGUAUGGCUUCCAUGGUGGCUUUGAUUAUGGCUUUCCUCUUAUAA